AUGGCUGCUCCUUUGACUCUGCUUGUGAUUGUGGCCGUCACAAUCCGCGCUGCUCUGUUCAGAUCCAGUUUGGUGGAUGUGAUUUCGGAGCGGGUGGAGGUGGUGUCUCCUCUGACCGCCUGGAAGAGAGUGGUUGAAGGUUUGGCUCUGCUUGACUUAGGAGUCUCACCGUACUCUGGAGAUGUUUUCCACGAGACUCCUCUCAUCAUCUACCUCUUCCACUUUUUGGUGGACUAUGCAGAGAUCACAUUUAUGCUAGCUGAUGUAAUGACUGCUGUGGCGCUUUACCUCGCAGUGAAAGACUACAACAAACAAGUGUUCAGGAAGCAGAAGUAUUUGUUGGAAGCGGACCGUUUCCCUCACGACUGUCACGAGCUCAUCAGAAGCCCGACAGAGAUGCUCUACAUCCCUCUGAAGGUCGCCAUGUUUUACUUGUUGAACCCGUUCACCAUCCUGUCCUGCGUCGCCAAGUCCACCUGCGGUCUGAAUAACGCCGUCAUCGCCUUCUUCAUCCUCUCUACGAUAAAAGGAAGUGUUUUGCUGAGCGCUAUAUUUUUGGCUUUGGCCACAUAUCAGUCCAUCUAUCCUCUGACUCUCUGCGCUCCCGCACUGCUCUAUCUGAUGCAGCGUCAGUACAUCCCUGUGAACUUCCGGCGGGUGAGCUUCUGGUGGUUCAUCGCUCAGUACGCCUUCAUGUAUCUGGGAAGUCUGUGUGUCAUCAUCUGCCUCUCCUUCUUCCUGCUCGGCUCCUUUGACUACGUUCCCUCCGUCUACGGCUUCAUUCUCUCGGUACCAGACCUGACCCCAAACAUCGGCCUCUUCUGGUAUUUCUUCGCCGAGAUGUUUGAACACUUCCGCCUCUUCUUCCUCUGCGUCUUCCAGAUCAACGUCUUCUUCUACACCAUUCCUCUGUCCGUCAAACUCAAGGAGCAUCCGGUGUUUCUGAUCUUCAUGCAGUUAGCAGUGAUCUCCAUCUUUAAAUCUUACCCUACUGUGGGAGACAUCGCUCUCUACAUGUCCUUCCUGCCUGUGUGGAGUCACCUGCACAGAUUCUUGAGGAACAUCUUCUUGGUGUCCUGCGUCCUUCUCGCCUGCUCGGCUCUGUUUCCGGUUCUCUGGCACCUCUGGAUCUACGCCGGCAGCGCCAACUCCAACUUCUACUACGCCAUCACGCUGCUGUUCAACGUGGCACAGAUUCUGCUGGUGUCGGAUUAUUUCUACGCCUUCUUGAGGAGAGAGCAUCAUCUCACUUAUGGACUGUACCUCAAGAGGAAAGACGGCUCUGAGGCUACGCUAGUUCUUAAAUAAAACACACACACACACACACACACACACACACACACUCAGCUACAC